AUGCCAAAUACAUCAUGUAGCACAAUUGGUGACAUUUCGCGACACCCGGAUGUACCGAGUGUGGUAGAUCCAUUUCAUAUGAAUGAUUUAUCACGUGAUAUGGAGAUUUCACGAAAUGCAGAAAUGGUCUGCAAUAUCGAUGUGUCCGGCAAUAUAAAAGAAACCAGUAAAAGUGGCGAGUUAACAGGAAAAAGCACUGAUAUCACUCGUGGAAAAUCGCUUUUGAAUGUUCAAAAAUCGCCACCAGAAAAGACAAAUCAAUUACAACGACUUCGAGCAUCUCAAUCACUUCUGAUGAAUACUGACGAUAUUAAAGCCAUGAAAGUUGAAUUACCCGAAAAAAUAGAAGUGGAAAAGUUGAGUGAUGGAGCGAUCGAACAACAACUUACAUCAUUAAAUCAGUAA